ACGGGGCCCAACGGCGAGAAGCGGUCGGAAAAAUGGCGUCCGAUAACGAAGCCUCUUGCGCGAGUGACCCAAAUUUCGCGGUGAUCUGCUCGUUCCUCGGCUGCUUCGGCAAGUCCUGCGGCAUCAUCUAUCCGGACAUCGCUCGGCUCCAGGAGAUGCUCGAGAACACGCAGGAAGUGUCCCGAGAAUUAAUAGAUCUGCACAUCAAGUUGUUGCGAAAAACACGUAAAAGCGUGUCACCAGAAAAGUGGGAAAGGGCGCUAGUCAAGUUUUGCCACACGUACUCUAAUCAAGAUGGAUGGGAACUUGAACGCUUCGGUUACAAGAAAGCUCGCAUCGCUGUUAAACUGCGUUUACUUAAAGUAUUAUUGGAAACACAAUUUGACUUAAAUCAAAAGUUUAAGAAUGAAGUAAACAAAUUGGCAGCUGACGAGUUGCGUGUGGAACCUUUAGGAAGGGACAAAAGUGGAUUAGCGUACUGGUGUCAGUUGGAUGAAGAGUGCAACAUAAGAGUUUAUAGGGAAGAUUUAGAUGAAGAGAAUUGGGAAUUAGUAGCUAAGGACCGAGAGGGUGUUGUUAAUCUCAUAAGUACCCUGUCAAAUGGCGAAAUCGGAGCUAUACCAAUUAAUGAGGAUAGCAACAGCUUAGAAAUCUCUGAGAAACCUAUAAUUGACACUGGACAAGUGACAACGUCUCCAAGCUUAGAAGACGAAAUUGUGCAGGAAAACGGCGUUCACGUCGACGAAGAGAUGAAGCAGCUACCAAACGGUAGAAGCGAUGAGUUUGAGGAUGAACGAGAACACGAUCAAGAUCAGGAUCAGGAUCAGGAUCAGGAUCAAGAUCAAGAUCGCGUUCAGAAUAUCACUAAUGAAAUUGAAAAAGAAGAGGAAGCUGAUGAAGAAUACAUUGACGCGGAUGAGGAGGAUAUGACGAAUGAUGAAAGUUCCAAACAGAUUACGGAGGAAGACGACUCUCAAGAGACGAUGCAAACUCCGAGCAUAGAAUCAAGGUGUACAAAUGAUUCGUCUUCAUUAUCGGCCACUAAUUUAAAAACGCUAAACAUGAAAGUGGACGCAACAUCGGAAGAUGCGGGCCACAGAGAGGCUACUGAAACGCCCGCUUCCGUGAUAUCAGAAAGCAGACCGUCAAUAACGCAUAAACAAAUCAGUGUUACGAAAGCUGAAGUCGAAGAAUCCGCACCGUUAAAGUCUAUAGAAACGCCUGUUAUUACUUUAUCUCCAUUGAAACUGGUGAAUAUUACGGAAUUGAAACAGCCGCCAGAGGAAAAGUUGGCAAGUCCGACGUCUGUUAUUGCGCCUUUAAACGCGGCAAAGAAAUAUGGUGCUCUCGACGAGAUGACAGAGUCUGUCAUGAAGUCUCUCGAGAAACUGCCUGGCAAAAACACCCUACCUUUCUCAUCCACGGAUUCCAUUCCGGUGGGGCACAGCAAACUAUCCGUCAAACCAAUCGACCAAUUGGCUGCAAAUCUUGUGAGGAUACAGUCGGAGAAAUUGGAGAAGCCAAGUGGACCGAAAUCGCUAGAGAAAAUAGCAGAAUCUCUAGCGAGGUCCAGCGGUAUGCUGGGAAAUAUGGUAAACGGAGAGGAUGAUAGGCUGCCGCAGGACUUUUGCGCGAGAAAUCAAUCCGAAAAGUCGACGACGCACAGGAGUCACAGAGGCAUAGAUUUGUCGACGUCACCGCGUGGUUGGGAAAACGCAAACGAGCAGAACAGACCGGUGGAUUUCUCUGGAAUCGAUCUCUCUAGUCGAAAAUUGGGAAAAACAAUGGAUCUGCCUUCUCCUGGCUAUAGGACACAAGAUUUCCAGCAUCGAGAAAUGGAUCUGAGCACGAAGAAGGUGAAUAAACCGGAAGUAUCGAAUCUGUCAUACGAUGCACGCAAUGUGAUGCUACGUAAUCAUGUGAUGGUGGCUGAUUUGAGUAAGAGACAAAUGCCGUUCACCGCGUACGAGACGCCAUACCAUAAUACAGCUAGAUUACCUGCCAAGGACGAGCACAGAUUGCCAAGUUAUGCGAUACUUUCCGAUCCCAGCAAGAUCACGACGCUGAGGAUGAACAACGCACCGUUGAAACGUCCCCUAGAGGAUGACGAUGUGCAGCAAGAUAUGCUGAAGAGGAUAAGGGCGGAUGUAAUUCCAAUCAGGGGUUCCAUAGACAAGAGACCAAUGAUGAGUGGCAACUGGCGAGAUGAGGUGAGCGAGGCUAUCGAGGAGCCUAUAAUGAUGGUUCAAGGCGAGGGAUCUGGCAGCGACUGCGACGCAGUGAAUCCCAUUGUCGGAGAGGCUAUAGAGGAACCGACGGCUUUUUUCUACGGCGAGGGUUCCGGCGCGGAGUGCGAGACGGGCAAUCCCGGCGACGACGCGCCCACUGACAAUAAAGAAAGCAACGAAUCAAAAACUGAACCUGACUCAGCUACCACGGCGUUCUCGCAGAAUAAGGUUUUAACCGAGGACAAGAUAUCCACGGGUUCGAUACUGUCGAACAAAACCCCUGUAAAAUUAAAUAGAAACUAUCCGCAGUCUAAUGUAAGUGUAAACGAUAAUUAUCAAAUAGUAGAUUCUAUGCAAGAGAAGCCAAAGUUCAAACACACGUUAGGCGUCCAGGUAAUACCUAAAAGUACAACCGGUCCUGUUAAAAGGUUGUCUAGAUGGGACGUGGGAAAACCGGAAGAGAAAAAAGAAUGUGACAGCAGUAGCAUAUCAAACGAAGGAGACAUAUCACUGAAGAAAAAUACAGAUGAUCACGAGACAACACGUGACAACGUGGAAGAGAAGCUGCUGAAUGCGGAUGCUGAAUCGGUGAAAACUGGAUGCGAAAACGCAGGCACCGAUGCGGAUCAGGGCGUCAAGGUAGAUGACCUUGUAAACGCAGGCAGUGAAACCAUCGAAGAUAGUGUUAAAUUGCAAGUGUCCGAUGUAAGUUCGGAAAAUACAAGUACAAUGAAAGAGGAAAGAGACUCUACGCUUCAAGAGCCCGUACAGUGCGACUCGUCGAUAUCGUCGUGUCAAGCGGACACUUCGCACGAACCCGAAUCGUGUACAGAUCCUGAACCUAUGACAAAUUUAACCAAUGCGCAAAACCUGUCCGACUCGAGUAGCGUGGUUUCGCGGGAACCAGAUACUCCGGAAGUAACGAAUAACGAAUGCAAGUCAGCAGCUGCAUCUCCGCCGAGAUUUUUUUUUGGUCCCAAUUGCAUCUCGUACACUUCGAAAUCCGAUGAAUUGGGAUCUCAGGCGGAGCAAAGCCUCGCCACGUCUGUGAACGAUAAAACGGACACUGUGCAAUAUGAAUGCGUGUCUUCGUCGAAGUCAGCGGAUGAUACAGCUUAUUCGUACAAGACGGAAGAUUUUGACUUGACGCAAACAAAUAAUAAUUCGUUGAAAUCGGAUCUGUUUACUUCGGAGUCCGAUAGCGUUUUAUGCGGAAAUAAUAGUAAAGACGUAGAAAAAGUUGAAGCAUCAAGUAACACGUGGGAUCAAACGAAGGAAGAAGCUUCGAUGCCCAAUAGCUCGAUAGAUACAAACAGUGUUACCGAGUAUAACGCUAAUUCACCUCUCGCCGAAGUUAUAGAAGCGAACAAAGAAUCAAGUGUGCAAGAAUCUGUUUGUGCUGAUAAGGAAGUGGAAGAGGAUGUCUGCUUAAAAUUGCGUACAAGCCCUAUGUCGGAGAUAACUGGAAAUGAAAGUAUUAAUGACAUAAGUAUGACUGAAGAAGAUUCAAUUAAAGUCAGUUCGAACAGCGAGCCCGAUGUUCAAGCAGAAGGAUGUGAGCUUGUCGAACCACCGCAAUGCGAUCAGUCUACCGAGUCUAAGAACCUUGUAAGUACAGAGACUCAAGAAGAUUCUUUUAAAGGAUCGAACGAUGUCACAUCGCAACUAUUGGAUGAUAAAGAGAAUAGAGAUGAAAAACCAUUAGCCGAUAGCUCUAAAAGCGAAAACGACUAUCAGUCGGAUAGUACAAAUGCCUUCAAGGAAGAGCAAAGCAGAAUUGAAUCCGAGACAACGGCGCAUUCGUCUUUAUCGCCACUUACGCAAAAUUCGCAAGCAGAGCUGGCCGAUCUCAGAGAAUUCGAGGACGUUAACAACUCGAAUGAACCAUUGGAUUCUACGAAUGCGAUGGAAUCUGCGAAUUACCAAGAAGUAAACAGGCUCGAGAAAAUCGAUUUGGACUCCAUCGGAGAGAGUUGCGACAAGCAGAGUGACAAGAAUGACAAUUUCUCCGAAAUCGAUGGUCAGGAAGAUCAUUCGACCGACACGGACAACGAGAAGAUGAAAGGUCUAGCCGGUUCCGACGCUGAUUCGUUGUGCGUUAACUAUGACAAGAAUAGCGAAAGAACUGAUGCGUUAUCGGACGUAGGAACCCAUGAUGAUGGAUCAGGUGAUUCUGAAGGAAUUAAAGACAAAGGAUUGAAUGAUGUGCAAGUUAACGAUACUGUGUUCGGUAUAGAUUCCGAAACACAUCUUCCCGAAAAUUCUGCGGCGACUAGUUCGGAGUCUGUUCGAGAAAGUGAUAAACACGAUGUAGUUCCUACUAUAAGCAGUUCAGACGAUGCCUCUGCACAAGACUCUUCAUCACAGGGGAGUGAACCUGUGCGAAUAGAUGAUGAAAAAGUUGAAAACACUUCGUCUGAUACUGAUAAGCCUUCUACAUUCAACAUUUCGCCUGUCCCGGUGCCUGAAACGAAUAUCUUUGAACAGUCUAAAUCCGAUAUUGUCGAAACCGUGAAAGAAACGAGCUCAUCUAAUUUGAUUCAGUCUACAAGCGAGUACGACAAUGCUUCUGAAAAUCUCAGUUCUUGCGUUGAUCAAAGUUCGAAUGGUGAGAUGGUUAUAGAUGAUCGUGUAUCUGAGUCGAAUGAAUCGUUUAAAGAAGCUGAGGAAAUUGCAACGACCCGAGAGAACAAACAACCAGAAGAUACAAUGCCAAAAGUAGAAGAUACAGUGCAAGAAGUAUCAACAGAAUUCGAGAAAAAAGCACCAGUUCUUACGAGUAUUGAACAUGAACCUUGUCAAUUCGAAGCUGACUUAACAGUAACGGAAACUGAAAUCUUAGAGAAAGAAAAAUCUGAAGUCGAUACAGAGAGCAAAAUCGAUUACGAUCUUGAAGAGCUGACCGCAAAAGAUGAGAGUGAAAUUUGUAACAUCGAUAAACAAGAUACAACGAUUGCGGAGGAUGUGUGUAAAAUUAAUAAAAUUGAAGAAGUUGCCGAAAGCGUGGAAAAAUCAGAGACAGAUACAACAGCUAUAACUAUUGAACAAUUGGAAGCAAACACUGUAGAUGUAAUUUCUCAGGAAUCACAAGUGAAGGUAGUGAAUGUUAACAAGCAGUCACUAGUUGCGAAUUAUGAUAGCGAUUCCAAUGAUAAUGGUAGCGAUGAUGUUUUCGAAUCUGAUGCAAUGCAAAUAAGCGAUUCUAAGGACUAUACUGUCGCCCUGACAGAGCAAAAGACGGAUGAAGAGCAGUACGUAAAAUCGCCUGUCAAAGAAGAGGAUGUCGACAGUACAAAUUUAGUCUCUGAUGUGCCUCAAGAACCAGCGUCUGUCGAGCAACAGUUAAAACCUUUAGAAACGAAACUUGAUGAAGUAUUAAAUCAAGAUGCAACUGUAGUCAUAGACGAAGACAUUAAAAUUAAAGAACAAGAUCAUGCCGACGAAACGCAAAUUGAAUCUGCUUACAAUAACAUUGAAUAUCGUUCGAAUGACCAAUCAACAAUGCCUUUAAAUAAGGAUGAUCUUGAAGAAGAAACGGAUGUUCAGGAUAUUUCUGCUACUGAUGAUUCCAAAAUAUCAGAAAUGUCAGAAGCGACGAAGCUUACAAUAGCUCCGAUCACGACUGAGAAGUUAACCGAAUCUCUUCAGAACAAGAAUUUAGAGAUGACUGGCAGCGAUAGCGAGAAAAGUAGGGAAUACCUCAAUAAUUCGAUUGAUAACGUGAAGACAUUGCAAGACAGUGUAGAAGAUUCUUUUGAGACAACGGAAAAGGCAGAUGGUUUAACAUCCGAAAAUGUUUGUGAUUUUAGCGAAAGCGACGCGAAUAAAACCGCAAAGAUAUCGCACGAUACUCGAGAGAGCACGGAAUUUAACGCUACGGACAAUCAACAAGUGACUGAUGUAUUUCAUACAACAGAGCAAGCGAAAAAUGUGGACGAGAAAUUGAAUGUUAAUUUGGAUACCGAUAAUAUCGCGAAGUCAAAAAAUGUAAACGAACUCAUUACUGAGGAACUGCCUAUUCCGUGUAAAAGAUUCAAAGAAGAUCUCGCCGAACAUAGUAAUGAAGACAAUAAAUGGGACGUGAAGUCGCAAGAGGAAUGUUUAACUAAACCGUUCGCGGAAGAGGUGAAUUUACCACCGAUUCAAGCAGAAUCGGAUGUUAUGCUAACGAAACUGGAUAAUACUUUAGAUACGGAUAAAUCACACACAUGGAAAGCUGAGGGCGCGAGUUUAGAGGGGAGCGUGUCUUCGGAUGCCUUGUAUUAUUCGAAUUCGAUGUCCGCGAAGGUGGACAAUGUUAAUAGCUUGGACAGCUGCAACAAUCAAAAUGAGCCUUUUAGUGUAGACAUGAAUGUAAAUAAGAUUACGGAGAACUUUGAUAGGACUGCGCCUUCAGAUGCGAAUGAUGAAUCGAUGACUGAAUUUUCCGCUCAGGAGAUUAUUUCAGAAAUUGAUACUGUAAAAUCUGAUCCAAAGAAAGAAGCCAGCAAGAGGCUGAACGAUGCCUCGGACAUAGAAGAUGUUCCUCCGUUAAAGUCUAAACCUCCGUAUAUGGAAACCGAUGACAAGACAUUGGAAAGUUUAACAGAUUCCGAUAUGCAGACGCCUAAGAUUUUAGAUACGUCCGACGUGGCCGAAAAAUUGAGGCCACAAAUUGAGGAGGAAACGAUAGCAUCAACGAUCUCCACAACGCAAUUGUUUCAAAAUGACUUUGAUACGGUGAAUGACUCCGCGGCUAUCGCGUCGACAGAGGAUCCGAAGAAGGUCGAUUUGAUAGAAACUGCGGAGAAGAAAGAGUCUUCGGAAAUUCAGGACAUCGAGAUGAAUAUUUCCGCAGCUUCUGAUGACUCGACAGGCGUGGACAACGAAAGUGUUUUUAACGUACCGCCAGAAGAGGCAGAUCCUUUAGCGUGCACCGAUGACGACACUUUGAGAAAUAUCACCGAGGAUGCGUCUGACGCUUCUAAGAUAAGUAUUCGCGUAAAGCCGACAACCGAUUUGGCUUACGAGGGAUGGAAAUUGGAUAGCACUACGGAACCGCCAAAAGUCUCGCGAAAGCGGCGAAACAGCGCUCAUGAAUCGAAUUCCGAGGACGGGGCAGCGAAGCAAGAAGACGACGAGAUGAUGGGUGGCAAAAGGAUGAAGUUACGCGCGAAGAAACGUAUGCCUGAUAAGGAAUUACGAAAGUCCAUCGAGAAAAGUCGUGGAGUAGCGAGCUCCGAGGACGAGGCUGUGAAAUGUGGUCCUGAGAAUGCAGCGGAGCACGCGAAUAAAGACGGCAUCGACGAUGAUCCGAACAUGACGCAAGCAAUGGCGAUCGACAAAAAGAUCAGAGGUCGUCCUAGGGGUAGAAGGAGGCGUGGUUUCCGGGGUGGUGGGCGUCAGAAUCGGCCAAAACUCACAGAAUUCCAGGGCGAUCAGGCAUCGCCUGGUGCUCAUCCUGAUGGAACGCCUAACGAUGCUUUAAAUACAGCGCAGAAGAAACGGAAAAAACGAAAAAUGGUCUUGGGCUUAGAAAUAGGUAGAGAUAUCUCGUUGGAGACGGAAGGACCAGUGACAGGACAGGAUGAGAUGCCAGUCAGGCAGUCAAGGAGAAUAGCGCAGUUGAAAAUAAAAGAGCAAGCAGACAGGCGUAGAAUCGAGGAGGAAACUAUGCGUGAGAUAGAAGACAAAAAGGAAUCAGAGAAGAAAAAGAGAAAGAAGCAAAAGCCGGAAAGCGAGGAGGAGGAAGUUAUAAUAAAGGAAAUUGAAAAGGAGAAGAAAUCCAAGAAGAAACGUCGAAAGAGGAAGAAAAAGAAAAUGCUUGCCAAAUUUAACGAAGCGAAUCCAUGGCAGAGCUCAUCUGGGUCUAGCAGUGACGAAGAGAACGAGAAUGAGGAUGAGGAAGACGAAGACGAAGAAAUGGAGAGCGAGGGAUCCUUGCUGUUUAAAAGUGAUCAUGAAUUUUCUCCGGAGAGCGAUCUCGAGAAGGAUCAAGAAUCUGAGCCAUUAAGACGUGCUAGAACAGCGCAAAAAGCCCAAAGUGAUGAAGUCGAGGAAGCUGAGGAUGAAUAUGCCUGUCAGAAAUGUAGCAAGGCCGAUCAUCCCGAAUGGAUUCUUCUUUGCGAUUCUUGUGAUAAAGGUUGGCACUGCUCGUGCCUUAGGCCAGCUCUUAUGCUUAUACCCGAAGGCGACUGGUUUUGCCCACCGUGCCAACAUACUUUAUUGGUGACCAAAUUACGGGAGACUCUAAAAACACUGGAUCAGUUUACAAAAAGACACGAGAAUGAAGUACUACGGAAGAAGCGAUUGGCUUUUGUCGGCAUAAGUCUGGAUAAUGUACUUCAUAAAGGUGAAGGGCAUGGGUCGAAAGCAUCCAGUCAAGAAUCAGACAACGAAUCUUCAGAAUCUUCUUCAUCGACCUCCAGUUCCGAAACAUCGAGUAGCGAGGAAAGCGAGCCAGUUUAUCAAUUACGAGAACGUCGGUGCGCCAGCACGUACAAGUUUAAUGAAUAUGAUGAUAUGAUUAAUGCCGCAAUUCAGGAUGAAGUUGAAGCGGUUCAAGGUGCCGGCAAUCAGGGAAGAGGCAAGGACAUUGCAACGAUAGUCAACGCGGAAAAAGAAGAAGCACAGGCUGAAGCGUUAAAGAUGACGCAAUUAGAAGAGGACAAGGACGAUGUGGAAUCAAAGCCGGAAAAAGAAAGUGACGAGGAAUUUAAGAUUGACAAUGAAGAUGCGAUCGAUGAAUUAGAAGAGGAACAAAAUAUGGUUGUUAGGAAAUUGCUAUCACGUAAGAAACAUCGAAAGCUGAACAGCCUCGAUAUAAGCAGUGAAGACGAUCCGGAUAGUGACGAAGAUUUCAAGGGUACGAGCUCUGACGAAGAGGAGGACUUUGAUGAUCAUAUCACAUCAUCCGAUGACAGUUUUGCUGAUAAACGACGUGGUAGAAAAGGCGAUUCGCGCCCUGUUAGGAGAUCUACCAGGGCGCGCAUGACUAGGGCCUAUGAUGAAGAUUUUAUUAAUGAUGACAGUGACGACAGUGAUCGACCAAAGAAAAAAAAAUCGCGAUCCAUGUGGGGCGAUUCGGAUAGCGAAGACAGCGAUAACUCGUGGAGGCAGAGGAAGAAAAAGAGCAGAACAAUAUCGACAACCAGAGUCAGGACAAUACCUAAAACAAAGGGCAAGAAGAAAAAAAAGAGAAAACGUAUAAUAGAAUCUGAUAAUCAAAGCGAGAACGACGAAGAUGAUGAACCGAAAACUGAAGGACAAUGUGAACCUAAUUUACAAGACUUCAAUACCACUAUAAAUGAGAUGUUGGAUGUGAAUAAACAGGAGAAUUUUGAAACUUCUCCAGGCGAAGGCAAUGUUGAAAUAAAAGAUGAGAGAUUACAAGAGGAAGCAGUAACAGUAGCAGGAGCAGCAGUAUCUUCAGACAUCCCGAUUUCACAGAUUCAGCAGCCGUCAGAAAUUGUGCCGAUCCAGAAAAUCAAAAAGGAUGUUGUGCCUAAACCGAAAAAAGCUCCUGCUAUUAGACGAAAAAUUAUUUAUGGCGGACUUCCAGAUGAAAACAAAAAAGAAGAGGAGGAAAUAUUAAGUAGACGGACUCGAGGACGAAAGAUCAAUUAUCGAGAAGAAAUGGCGUCAGAUAGCGAGGAGGAGCUGAAAAAAGCGUUAAUGAUGAGAAAAGCUGGCGAAAGCGAAGAUGAGUUUGUGAUGAACGAGGCUGAUGAUAUAAAUGAUGAUGGGGAUAAGGAUUCUGAUUCAGGAGAUGUUUAUAUUCCUAAGAAGGAUUCCUUAAAAUUUAAGAACAAGUCACCGAAGACGAAGAAAUCACGUAACGGUAAGAGCCCUGGAGCAAAACGUAAAUCGUUAUCUGAUGAUUUACCGAAGCAAAGAAAAAAACCUGGACCAAAGCCGGGAAGCAAGAACAGAGGACGCAAGCAAAAGUUGAAGGAUGACAUGGAUGGUGAUAUGAUUGGCGCAGUUAUGGAUAAUCCUAUUGGUGAUAUAGCAUCUAAAAUGGAUGAGAAUCUUCCAGAUAACGUUGGACUGACAGGCACGACGAUGUCAGUAGCAAGUUCAUUUACCGGAGACGUUCCUGAAGGAUCACUGACGGGUCUUGGUGCCGGAGAACUGGCUGAUCUAGACGAUGAACAGCUUGAGCAGAUGAUGAUGGAUGAGGAGUACGGACGGCGGCAGCUGGAACUCGCGGCAAUUGAAAUAGCGAAGAAGAAGAAAAAGGAGGAACGGGAAGCAAAGAAGCUGGAGAAAGCGCGUUUGAAGGCCCUGGAGAUAUUGGCGGCGGAGAGGCAAAGGGAUCCCAACGCACCUGAAGGAACGGACGGCGAGGUGCCCAAGAAAAAGAAGCGUGGACGUCGCAGCAAGGCCGAGAUACUCGCUGAACAGAUGCGCAGGGAUGGCGCGUCGAAUCUGGGCAUCGCGCCGACGGGGGCCAUCGGUGGAAUUGGCACGCCGGAUGGCAUGAGUAAUAUGUCACACAACAUGAGUCCUGCCUUAUCUACGGGUCUAACGCCGGAAACUGACAGGAGCGUCGAAGGACACAUGCCUCUUAUGACUGGACCGGAUGGACAGCUUUUCAAUCCGGAUGGCACGCCCGUGAGGCCAAAACGACGAGGUCGCGGCAAGGGUAAGAAGACUCUCGCAUUGGAGGCGGCUAGAGCAGCGGAAGCGGCGGCUAAGGUCGCGGCCGAGACCGGUUUGAUCGGCAUGGGUACUGACUCGAACUCAGACAUGAAACAGAACGAUAUACCGAACAUUCUUCCUACGCCAGGUAGCAGUACGUCUGGUUCGGCGCCCUCCACACCACCAGCGAGCGUGUCGACACCGGGCCCUCCGUCGACGCAGCCGUCGAAUUCGCAGCCGAUUUAUCCAUCAUUACCACCCGGUCAACAGUCUUCCGUUAUCACAAGGAUGCUUCAGUCCCAACCGGUAUCCAGCACUCCGCAGUCAUUCACCGCGGCGGCAGCCGCGAUGGGUCACAAGUAUUUCGGCGGACCCAACGCCGGUGGACAGAUGAUGGGCGGUCCGCGAACGGGAUACGAGAUGCAACCACGUGCCAGGAUCCCGUCUCCUUACAGGCAGGCGGGUCAAUCGUCCAUGCCACCGCAUUUCGCCGCGGUCAGAUCGGGCACGCCACCGAUGCGUAUGCGAGUACCCGGACCGCAGAUGUAUCACACGCCACACCAUCCAAUGGACCCGUCCCCAUCGGGCGGCGGACCGAUCUCCAUUAGCAAUCGGGACCGCAGCUCGCCCUUGACGCCCGGCGGACCGGCGAUGAUUCCACCGUCGGCCGGCAGUCCAUUGGCCAAGGGCGGCCCAACGCCGCCACCGCCACCCCCACCAUACGUGCGGGGUGGUCCGCCGAUGGCUAGGUUUGCCGAGAAUCCUAUGGGACCUAGGCAUCAGAUGCCGCCAUUUACCAAUGCCUCGCCUGUUAAUCACAACAUGCAGCAACCUUCACCACCCCCCAAUCGACCACCCGGUAAUUUUUCACCGUAUCAUCCUCCUCCACCUCCCAAUUAUCACUACGGUGCCUAUCCGCCGCCUCCGCCAAUGUCCACGGCGGAUGACGCAGCUGCCUACCAGAGUUCGCCGUAUACUUCAGAGCAUUUCUCGUCGCCGGCAGACAACCAACCACCGAUUCAAGGACCGCCACCGCCUCAGGCGCCGCCGCCGCAGCAAUCGCAUCCGAAUGAUGAAGAUCACGGCACCGGCGAAUUUGGCGGGCUGGUAUCUUACUUCAGUAGCCAGAGAGAGGACGAUCUUGAUUCGUAGCAUGAGUGAGAGCUUGGCCAACCCUGAAUUAUUAGGUAGGGGGAGCGUGCCCAGGUAAGACCGCAACUUUUGCUACAGAGGGAAAAGUGGUAGCGCAAACGCACGAAUCUCGGAUGAUUUAAUUUUUCGAGGACAUUAGUGCGUAUGUCAAGUGGAAAAUAAAUCUGUUAGAGUCUUCCUCUUCGACCUCUAAAGCAAACAGUUGUCCCGUAGUCCUUGCACUUCUUAUGCCGUCGGAGGCAAAUCUAAGGUUGGCCAAGUGUAGAGCGAGCGAACGAUGAAUCAUUGUGACAGGGCGGAGCCUAUUUUUUAAGAGUUGUAAGUUUUUCUGUAAUUAGUUUUCAGUUUCAUUGGAUUUGUAUACAACGGUGUACAACCGCAAAACUAACUCUAACCCUAGUGAAGACGUAGCGGUUCGUUUCUUUUGGGCAAAUAACGAGACGAAAGAUCUGACCAAAACCAUUUUUCAUUAUUCGUUAUAAUCCGUCGAUGAAAAUUCAAGCGAGGUUAAGUUUUUUCCAGAAAGUUUUAAGACGAGAAUGUGAUAUUCAUUCUCCGCGACGUGGUAGAGUGUCCUGUGGAAGGAAAAAACGAGAAAUUGAUCUUUAAUAAUGACGAAUAAGGAAUAAAAAUUAUCGAGUGGUUUUGAACGACGCAUCGUUAUUAAUGUGUACAUAUUGUAAAUAUCCCGUAAGUCCUUUAGAGUAUGUAUUACAUGUAUUAUAUAUACACACAACACAUGCAGUCAUGCAGAAUACUACAAAAAUUAUUAGUGCGGAAGGGGCACAAAUGUAAUAUUUAAAUUUAAUUCAAAAGAAUGACAUCUGC